AUAAUUAUUACAGACAGUAGUGAGUUUAAUGAUUUGACUCACAUUACGUUACUCCAAUGUGCUCUAAACAAAAUUAAAAAUUGACUCAUAUACUACACAACAAUUUUUCGUGUGAUAUAUUUAUUCCACAGCAUCUUUUUUAGUGACAGUUCUUGUUAUUUUUAAGUGUCGUUUUUAUAUUUUGUGGUGAAAAAAAUUAUUAAAUUUUGUUUAACUGAAAAAAAAAUUUUUUUUGAAUAAAAAAUAAUGAGUGGAAGCGAACAACCCAAUUCGAAGACAUCGCCGAAUAGUUAUUUAUAUACUUCUAGUUCGACAUUACUGAAUAGAAAUACCGAAAAGCCAGUGUCAAGACCAGUACCUCCUCCUACAUUGCCGAAGUAUACAUCCAGUUUCAACGCAGGAAGUAAUUUAACAUUGCGUGACAGAGAAAAAGAGGGCAUUGGUGGAUCAUAUAGGCUGGCAAGUUUAGAUCGAUUGGCUCUCCGACAGAGAUUAAUUGAUCAAAAUAGUACUGGUACACCACCCAAUCAAAACAUGUCGAAUGGAAAUCAGACAAAUGGAAAUGACACCGUUAUUAAUUCCACAAAUAAUUCAACAACUACCUCUUCGAUUCAAAGUAAACGAGAAUUAUUCUUCAAAUCAGAAUCAUCACCAUCAAGUAAUUUUACAAAUUCAACAGCAGCACCAACCACCAAUACAACAACUGAUGUUAAAAAUUCAAUUAUGAAGAAAACCGCAACCAUUGAUAAUGUUGACACAAAUAAAUUAUCACGAGUAUCGAUAAAAAAUGAAACACCGCCAGAACCACCAGCAAAACCACCCCAAGAACAAAUAAAACUUGCUCAAGAAGGUACUAAAGAACGACCUAAACAAAAAGAAAUUGAUGGCUAUGUUGGUUUUGCAAAUUUACCAAAUCAAGUGUACAGAAAAGCUGUUAAACGAGGAUUUGAAUUUACAUUAAUGGUUGUAGGUGAAUCCGGCUUAGGAAAAUCAACACUGAUCAAUUCAAUGUUCUUAACGGAUAUUUAUCAAUCAGAACCAGGUGCAGAAUUUCCAGGUCCAUCACAACGAAUAAAAAAGACCGUAAAUGUUGAAACUAGUCGUGUAUUAUUAAAGGAAAAUGGUGUAAAUUUAACAUUAACGGUUGUGGAUACACCAGGAUUUGGUGAUGCCGUCGAUAAUAGUAAUUGUUGGGUACCAAUUAUUGAAUUUAUUGAAAAUAAAUAUGAAGAAUAUUUAAAUUGUGAAUCGCGUGUGACCCGUAAACAAAUCAAAGAUACACGAGUACAUUGUUGUUUAUAUUUUAUACAGCCAUCUGGUCAUGGUCUUAAACCAUUAGAUAUAGAGUUUAUGCAACGUUUAUGUGAUAAAGUGAAUAUUGUGCCAGUUAUUGCCAAAGCGGAUACAAUGACCACCGAUGAAUGUCAACUAUUUAAAAAACAAAUACUAAACGAAAUAUCACAACAUAAAAUAAAAAUAUACGAUUUUCCUGAAGUUUUGGAUGAUCAAGAAGAAGAAGGUAAAAUGAAUCGUUUAUUACGAAGUAAAGUGCCAUUCGCCGUUGUAGGUUCGAAUGCUGUUAUUGAAGUAGAUGGUAAAAAACUACGAGGACGUAAAUAUCCGUGGGGUAUCGCAGAAGUUGAAAAUUUAGAACACUGUGAUUUUAUUGCAUUGCGUAAUAUGGUAAUACGAACACAUUUACAAGAUUUAAAAGAUGUUACCAAUAAUGUACAUUAUGAAAAUUAUCGAUGUAGAAAAUUAGCGGGUCUUGGUGCUGAUGGAAAACCAAUCCAUUUAUCGAAUAAGAAUCCACUCGCACAAAUGGAAGAAGAAAAGAAGGAACAUGAUCUUAAAAUGAAGAAAAUGGAAUUAGAAAUGGAACAAGUAUUCGAGAUGAAGGUAAAAGAGAAAAAACAAAAAUUAAAAGAUUCAGAAAAUGAAUUAACCAGAAGAAAUGAACAAACCAAAAAACAAUUGGAACAACAAGCAAAAGAUUUAGAAGAGAAACGAAGGCAAUUUGAAUUAGAGAAAUCAUCCUGGGAACGUGAAAAUAAUGUAUCGUUGGAGGAACUACGUCGAAAAUCAUUAGAAGCCAACAGUAAAGAACCGCAUACGAAGAUUGCGCACAUGAGAGGCUUAAAAGACCUUUUUAAAUAAAGAAAUAUAAAAAUUUAUUUAGGACUGUAGAUGGAAAAGAGAAAAAGGAUAA